AUGCCGCAAGUUAUUCUAAGGGCAUCAUGGCUCUCAGUCCUGGUGGUGGCACUUCUGGCUGUGUCUAUUGUAAACGCGCAUCCAAUUCAACAGACAGAUGAAAAGAUCGGAAACGGACAAGUCGUCAAGCUUGAAUCUCGAUCGCCAAGACUUAUUCCAGACACCCAGAAGUACAUCCAUAGCCUCUUGCAAGGGUUAGGGUUGGAAGAGCCAACCGCAACUGCAACCUCAACCGCAACCUCAACCGCAACCUCAACCGCAACCUCAACCGCAACACCAACUGCCACGCCCACUGCCAGCACCGAGACCAAGCAGGAUACGGAGAACAUGAAGCCAACACAAACAACGCAAAUUAUCUACUCAAGCUCCACCAUUUACACGCCCACUUAUAGCGGUGAUUCGGCGGGCUACACUCAUACCGUGAAACAUGUGCACAGUAACGACAAACCGAUCGAGAACAUUCAGAUUGGACCCGGCUGGAAUGCGGACAAGAAGCUUACAACCGAGGAUCUCCCUGUUGUCUUUGAUACUUUGUAUAAGGAGCUGGAGCAUCGAUUGAAGAAUGCAAUUGACAGCUCGGAUGAGAUUGGAUUGGAUGGCUUAUUGUGA